UUUGUUUUUGCAGUUGUUGUUAUCAGAUGUUUUGAUAUGAUAUCAGAUCAGCUACUGCCACAGCCUUUUCCAAGCGAAAUGUAAUGCGAAGUUAGCGAAAAUGCAAUUAUAAACAAUUCCAAUUCCGAAUGCAUUGCAACAUGACCGAUGCGGAUGUGGCCUUCUCGAGCUUCUACGGCACCGUGGGCAGCCAGCUACAGCACGCCGAGCUGUCGCUGUCAACGCCCAUACACGCCCUGGAGCACGACAAUUUCACCGGCUUAUUCGAUGACGACCCCUCCGCUCUGCUAAGCAUUCCACUGACAACGACAACAGCCGCCGCGACGACGCACAAGAGCACCACUGGAAUCGGCGAGGCCAGCUGCAUACCCUUUGUGCAGAUACACACAACCGAUCUGCAGCAGCAGCCCGAGUCGAGCCGCAGCUAUCGCAAUGGCUUUCGACGCAAGACGGCCGAGAUCAAGUCGGAGGCGGAGCUCAUCAAAUCGGAGCUAGCCGAGGCGGCUGCCAAGGAUCGCAGCAAUGCCACGCCUACGCCGCCCACGGCCAAGACAAUUGCCAGCGAGAGUUGCGCGGAUUUGCCGCUGAACAAGUGUCCGAGCUGCCCGUUCCUUAGCCUCAGUCAACUGAAGACCCAAACGCACAUCAGCAGCUGCUUUGGCAUCGAUGCACAGCGCCGCCUUCAGUGUCCAGGCUGCGCGAAUAUAUUCUACAACGUGGACGUGCUCAAUUUGCAUCUCAGCGCUGAUCAUCGGCUGGAGCCGCGCGAGAUUUCCACGCUGCUGCUCAAGUUGACAGACAAAACCGGCGAUCCGUCUGCCAAGAAGCCACAUCAGGCGCAGGCACAGACUCAGCAGCUGCCGCCGAAAAGCCGCAUUUUCAUCAAGAACGUGGACUGCCUGCGGGAGCCGCAUCGCGAGCCGGAUGUGAAUCAACUGCCAGACUUUUUGCCGUUGUUGACGUCGUCGUCAGAUGGCAAUAUUUUAGAUCUGCUCGAUGAUGUGGACGACGCUGACGAUUGCGCCAAUCAGCAGCAACAGCAGGAGCUACAACAAAUUGCGCCAAUCGUCCAAAAGCCGGCCGUACAAAAGAUAUCCAUCAAAAGCGUCGAUGUGCUGCGGGAGCCGGCGCUGCUGCCCUUUGAUUUUCCAAUGCCCAGCGCUGGAACGGAACAGCUGCCGUCGCUGCCCGCGCUGAUGAUGAGCAACAAUAUGGUGAUCGGUGCGGAGGCGGAUAAGCCGCGCCAGCCCAAGAUCUAUAUACGCAAUGUGGACAUAUUGAAGGAGCCGAUGCUGCUGCCCGGCAUGGGCUUCAGCGGUGCGCCCGCCUCGACUGUGCCCAGUCCGUCUGAGGUCUUUAAUGCCGAAACCCUGCUAACGCCCACGGGUCCGGUUGUUCCGUUGCCCGGCUUUGAGCCGGCCCUGGCGCCGCUGGCCAGCAUGUGCAGCGAGGCGUUCAAUUUUGACUCUGUGCUGAGCGGUGCAGGCACCGCCAGCAGCAGCAGCCACAACUUUAGCGCUCUGGAUCUGGACUUCGGCGUGGACUUUGAGCAAAGCGUGCAGCUGGUAACGGAGCCCACACCGCCGCCAACCCAAGAGCAGCAUUUGCUAGCCAGCGAGCAGCUGGCGGAGCUAGGACCAAUGCCAACGGCAGACGAGCUUAACACGCAGCUGAACAACUAUUUGCCCGUGGCGGCAGCUGCGGCCAGCAUAGCAGCAACCACGACGACGACGAGCACGACCAAGCAGAAGAUCUUCAUCAAGAACGUGGACAUACUGAAGGCGCCGCAGCGUGGCACGCUGCAUUUGCGCACCGUGGACGAGCUGAAUCUGAUGAACCGCAACGAGGUGGAGCAUCUGAUUGUGCCCAAUCGUGAACUGGAGCUGCCGCCUAAUCCAGCUGCCGUCACGCUGGAGCCGUCGCUGGUUGAUUUCCCACAGCAGCAGCCGCCGCCGCCGCCAGCACCGUUGAGCUAUGAUGAUAACUACGAUCUGGCCGAGGAUCUAGAGGGCUGGCCCUGGAUAGAUGAGGCGGGCAUAGCAGCCACCGAAGCGGAUCAGGAGGCCGCACAGCUGGAGCUGCCGCACAAUGCCGAGGAUAUUCUAAUAAAAGAUUUUCCACAGCUUUAUGCGCAGCAGCCGCCCAGCUCGGGCAGUGUGCCGCCCCUGGUCCCUGUCACUGGCUCACCCGAUGCGGCAGCGAGUCCUGCUGCGCCUGCAGAUAAUCUCUGCGGUCUGCCUGUGCCGCCGUUGGUGCCGCUAGCUGGCGAGCCCACGGCCGCGCCUGCGCCCACUCAAACUGGCACCGACAAGCCGGCUCGCAUCUAUGUGGCCAACAAUUUGCUGCCCGCUGCUGUGGAGCAGCAGCCUUUGGCUGGCGGCACCUCGGUGCGCGGCCGUCCCUAUGGCGCCAAGCAGGCGGGCCAGGCCAAGCGGCGGCCGGCACAGGGCACAGCUCAGCCGCUCGAGGGCGGCAAAUGCACUGUGGAGGGCUGCAUGUUCCGGUUCAAGUCGCCGGCGACGCUGGAGUACCAUGGCCGUUGUCAUAAUGGCGCACUCGGCUCGGCGCAGCCGAUGAUCUGUCCGGAGUGCAGGUCGACGCAGUUCAGCAAUUGGAACUGCCUGCACACGCAUCUCUGGCGCACACACGCCAUCGACAUGGAGCUCUACUGCUGCCAGCUGUGCAGCUUCAAGACGCCCAUCUAUUCGCGCCUGGUGAACACCCAUGCCAAGAUCCAUUCCGAGGAGCGCAACUACAAGUGCGAGCAGUGCGGCAAGGGCUUCAAGAACACCAAACAGCUGAAGAACCAUCGACGGCUGCAUCGCACCCAGGGCCUGGGCAUGGCCAAGCCGUGCCUCAGCGAACAGCAGACGAUUCCAAUGCUUCCGGUGCUCCAUCGCUGCGAGGACUGCGGCGCCGCCUUCAAGCAUCGCAAGACUCUGCGCGAGCAUCUGUGCAAGCAGCGCAACGAGCAGCCGCAAUGCCCCACCUGCCAGCGCGUCUUCAGCUCCAAGAGCAGCCUGAAGCUGCACAUGCGCAGCCACCAGGCGAACAAGCGCUUCAAGUGCGAGAAGUGCGAGCACGAGGCGAACGACCACAACGCCUUUCGGCGUCAUCUUGCCACACAUCGGGAGGCCAAACGCUAUGCGUGUCCGCAUUGCGAUUUCCGCGCCAUACAGAGCACCGCCUAUCGGAUACAUCUGCAGAAAGUGCAUCCGGAGCUGGAGCUGUCUACCAUCAUAUACAAAUGCAAUGUGUGCAAAUUUUCCAGCGUCAAUCACGGCCUGCUGCUGGUCCAUCAGGCCAAAUAUCAUGCUGCGCCAGUCGAGCCCACAAAGAUCAAAGUGAAAAGCAGCCUCCUGCUAGCACAUUCCACAACAAGUGGCAAGCAGCCAGACUUGCCAAAUAACGCUCAAAAUGUCUAGGCAUAUCAUAUAUGUCUGCUAAGAAUCAGAUCAGACAUAUAUAAGUUUUUUUUU